CUUCAGAACUCCUGAAAUGUUGUCUUCCAUCCUUUGCUUGGAUUUUGUUCUUCUCUUAUGUGAUCACUCUCGCUUUUUCUGAAUUCCAAUUUCUGUAUACUCAUGUAUUCAUCGAUUCGUUAAUUCUUGAAGUAUUGAUUUGGGUAGCUGUUUCUUGAUAAUUCCGAUCGCUUGAAUUGUGUGUGAUAGCGUUAUGUGUUUGCAUAGAUAGAACACACAUUUGUAUGUCGGAUGAAGAUCUGUUGAUUUGAGGGUUUUCUAUUUCUCAAGUUUUCCAUUUUUUUUUUCUUUUGCAAUUAUAUAAUUGUGUAUAGAAUAUAGGAAAGUUCAUAUUAUAUUUUCUGUUUUCUUGUAUUCUAUUGUAUUUUUUAAGUUCUAAUUUCCUGUUGGGUUUGUUCUUGGAGUAAUAAUUCUUCUGGUAUGGCUUUCCAUUUUCUUUCAGCGUCUUCAGAUAUCCAUUUGUGUAUCUUUCUGUGGUGAAUGCAAAGCUUCAUUGUUAUCGGUUCUUGCACUUUGCUUUAUUUAUGUUCUUUAUUCUUCUUGCUGGUUGUUUGAUGUGGUGAAAUUAUCAUGUUUGCAACUUUGAGGGAAGUUUACUCAAAGCUUGGUAUAGAUGUGAGAUCAUUUCCUCUUUCCUUAUUAAUCUUUUGACUGUAAAUUUGUAAUAGACAUAGAUAUGCCAGGUGUAUCUGCCUACAUUUUCAUACAUAAUGCUAUCGUAGUAUAGUACCUUGAACUUUAUGAUGGUUACAGAUGGAGCCUGGACUUCUAGGGAAGCUGGUAGAUGUUCCUUUGUCUUGUAUGUAUAAAUUAAACCUUCAAUUAUGAACACGAAUGGUUGCAGGCUCAAGUCAUCUUCUUUUAUUUAUUUAUUUAUCACAGAUUGCUGUAAACAUAUUUGGAUUUUUUUGAUAUUGUUCAUUUAAAAUUUUCCAUUAUGCUUAUAUUGUUGGUUUAGCUACCAAUUCUUGAGCAGAUGUAUCUUCAUGGAAUAUGCAUGCACCUUUAAGCCUUACUGUUAAGAUGUUUAGUGCCUGAUAUUAGUAACUAUAAGUUCCCACUUGCAUGGACUUGAGGGAAGUGAAUGUGUCUUUGGAAGGCCUAGAAACCUGUCUCAAGUCACAUUUUAUGAUCAAUAUUCUACUAUAUCCAAAAAAUUAUCAGUAAAUACUGUAGUCCAAUUUAUGUAUGAGUAAUGCCAUUUUAUGACUAAUCCAUAAAAUGAUUUGUGAAAUUCUAGUUUUGGUGUGGCAACUGGCAAGUUCUUAGUCCAUUAAAUGAUAGAAACAGGUGUUGAUUAACUUAUCCAUAAUAGAAAAAGUAGGCUGGUUUUAACUUUUAAUUGACUUUAGAAAUUCCAUUAGUGUACACUGGAAGUAUGCUACAUUUAAUACAUUACUAGGACAUUUUAUUUUAUUCCAAUUGAGGUGCUCAAUCAGUUUUUUCCUUCAUCAUUUGAGUUGCACGUAUUACACUGAAUUUUUUGCAGCUGAUUUUUGGGUUUUCAACAUCCUGAAAGGGUCUGGUUAAUCAAACUUUGUCUAGUGUGUUGGCAUUAUUAUCUUCUCACCACUUGGCUCUUUUAAGCUAAAAUAGUUGAUUGGGAAACAUCACUUGGAUAGACGGUAGUGUAACAUCGAGGGAGAUGCCAACACCUUAUAUUCCUAGAAUCUAGGUCAAGACCAGAGGGAGUGCACAAACAAAGAAAUGCAACUUUACCUAUUUACAUGCAUGCUUUCCUACCCUUUUAACAUGAUGUCAACUAUGACAUCUCUUAAAAGGUAUUGCCUUUCUUCUAUUUUUUCCUUUCUUUGUUUUGAAUUGAAAAUAGAAGAGUUGAGUCAAUCAAAAAUAUAAAGGAGGUUCAUGGCCAAGAGUAAAGAUGCACGAGUCGCGGUGAUUUUGGAAUGUACCAGUUGUGUCCGAAACGGUGUUAAUAAGGUAUCAACGGGCAUUUCCAGAUAUAUUACUCAAAAGAACCGGCACAAUACACCUAAUCCAUUAGAAUUGAAAAAAUUCUGUCCCUAUUGUUACAAACAUACGAUUCAUGGAGAGAUCAAAAAAUAAAUUGGUCUUUCUUUCAAGGAGGGGAAAAAAAAGAACGACAUUCUCUAUACCGGAUCUAUAACAGAUUGAAAUAAACAAAUCCUAUUUGGGGCAAAUUGAUAAUGAAAUUGAAUUCUAAUGAAAAAAUAAGAAAAUAAGAUAUAAAAUACGAAAAUAAGAUAUUCGGGAUAGGGAAUAAACUAAACAAACUAUGGAUAAAUCCAAUAAUGCGAGAAAUAACUUUUUAAACAUUGAUGCUAUGUUGAGUUUUCAUUUUCUAUUGUCUCAUAUCCCAUAAGUGUUCUGCACAGGCUUAAACUGUCAUUUUCUAUUUUUCUUUUAUUUUUUUUAAAUCUUUGAUAUAAGUUUAGGAAAAGUCUUCUACUCUCAAUUUUUGCAGCUAAACCAAUUUGUCACAUGCCAUUAGAUAGUUAAAAUGGAACCUUCCAGAAAUAUUUUCAUGAUUGUAACAGAGCAUGUUGGCUACUUCAACAAGUAGAUAUAUCUUAACAUUUGGAAUUUCUUGAUUGUAUAAAAAUGUUCAUGGUUUUUCUUUUGAUUCUUGAUUUACAUGUUUGCUUUGCAUUAAUGUUAUUUGUGAUAAACUUCUUUGAGUUCUUUCUUGCUUAAUUGUGCAGCUAUUCAAUGGCUUGUAGGGAAAUGUUUUAUUUAUUUCUUUAUAUCCCCUUAAUUAGCAUUCAUAGGAUCAUAGUCAUCAUACAGAAGUUUUGAGGUACUGUGUAUAACAACUUUCUUUUUCUGUUAAUUUGUGUUGACAGUUCUUGAAGAUCCCAAAUGAGAUAAAUAGGGUGCACUUAGCUCAUUUUUGUUGGCUUGAGUUAUUAAUAACUACUUAGAUGCAGGGGCACUCCUUGAGCCCUUCCAUUAAUAAAGAAAUUGAUAUCAACAGCUCUUCUAUUGACAAUCCCCUGGAUAAGAUGGAGAGAGGACAAAAUGGUUUUGGAGUUAUUAGAUCCCAUGAUUUCGUUGAGACCUCUUCUCAGGAUCCCAUAUGCAAUACAUCUCAAGGGGAACGAGAUGAUAGCACAGAGGACGAGCAGAAUGAAAUUAUGGAAAAUGUUAACAAUGAAUUGGUAGUAUAUGAUCCAUCAAUCAAUGAUGCUGGUGAAAUUGGACAAGUUUCUGAUCCUGCUCAAUCUCCACCUCCAUCUUCUGGUAGGUCCAAAGUUUAUCGAUCUAUUGGAGCUUUUGCUGUUCAGUGCGCCAAUUGUUUUAAAUGGAGGCUCAUCCCCGAGAAGCAAAAAUAUGAGGAAAUAAGGGAACAUAUAUUAGAAGUUCCAUUCUUUUGUGAGCUUGCUCGUGAAUGGAGGCCUGAGAUAUCAUGUGAUGACCCACCAGAUAUUACUCAAGAUGGCAGUAGACUUUGGGCAAUUGAUAAACCUAAUAUUGCUAUUCCCCCUCAUGGCUGGCAGCGGCUGUUGAGGAUAAGAGGUGAAGGAGGCACCAGAUUUGCUGAUGUGUAUUAUGUUGCUCCAUCAGGCAAGAGAUUCCGCUCUAUGGUUGAAAUUGAGAAGUACUUGGAGGAACACCCUGAGUGUGUACGAGAUGGUAUAAGCAUAUCCCAGUUCUCAUUCCAGACCCCAAAGCCUUUGCAGAAGAAUUAUGUGGUGAAAAGACGUCCCUCUCAGUCUACUAUGCCUUCACAUGAUGACACUGCUCCUGUAUUUCAUGGAUCUCUUGAGCCCAUUGAAGCAAAUCCCAUAUCAUGGGUUGGUCCAAGCAGGGAUUCAGACAUGAAUGACACCCCCAAUAAAAGGAAGAAACUAUCCAAAGGCUUGCUCAUGGGUGGUAGUUAGAACGGCUUUAUUUUAUUUUUAUUUUUUUAUUUUUAUUUUUGUGUAUAAUACUUGGAGUCUCUAUUUAGAUUUUUUUUUUUCAAUAUGCCAAUUGGCUAAUCUUCAAUUUGGGUCUGUUGAAUUUGUUGUGACUGAGGAUAAAUCUUGUGAUUUUAUAGGUUGGUUUAAGGUUCAUUAUUCUAUGAAGUUAGGUUUAGCAAGUAUAUAUGGGAGCAACAUUUUAUUGUAUAAACGAUUCAUUGUGUAUACCUAUUGGUAUAUUCAAUGUUUAUGUAAAAGCUUAGGUACUAAGUACUUGCAUACAAUAGGUGAGAUGAACAUCGUUGUUUAGUAAUAUGGACAAUAGUAUUCAAGCUA